UCGGUUGAAGAGACAGAGAAGAGAUAUUUGCACAGAGAUACGAUGCCGCCUGUCCGAUCACGAGUUACUAUUCCGGGGAAUGGAGGGAGGGAUAAUUCCGUUCAGAAAGACGCGACGGAAGAACGGGGUUCGGCAACGACGCAGCCGACUUCCUCGAAAGAGGUGCCUCCGCUCGACUUCACCUCCCUCCCCCUCUCCACGCUCCGCAAAUACCGUCAUACCUACAAUCUCGCCUUCACCCCCACAACCUAUCCCAGCGCCCUGUACGGCCCCCUCCUCAACCCAUCUCAAAAUCUAAACAAUGCGCGCGAGUACACGAUGGUCAAACGGAGUACUACGUAUCAUGGGAGCGUGAAGGAUGAGUUGGCGGGGGUAGUGAGGAAGCAUUUCGUCGCGAUGCCGAUCAAGGAUAAUGAUGUUAUCGUGAAUUUUCUGUACAGUGUUAAGAAUCGGGACAAAACGUUCAAGAUGAAGUUUCCACCGGAGACGCGUUGAUCCACAGAGGACAACACUCAAAACUCUCGACAUG